CGUUUGUGGAACUUUUUGACCAUUUUCCAAGAAUAUUAGAUCAGUUCAACUAAAGGUAUAGAAAGAACUUAGUCUGUUUGCAGUAGUACACCUAUGUUUCUUGAUAGAACGCACGCGAGAAGCGUAUACUAUUAACAGGUAAACUGGCUAACUGGCGUGAAAUUCGAUCUAAUUCCCCCCUUACCGAACCCCAAAUUCAUACCAAUUCAAGCAGACGAAAUUUAAGUUUAGUCAACCAAAUCAACAUGGCGGGUGUAUCAGAGUUUACUAUUUCUCCGAAAGAAGCUAUGAUUUUAGUCAAAAAACAGUCGAAAGAGGACGAUGGAAAGAAGUGUUACAUGAUGCAAAUAACCUUUACAAAUGUGUACAGUGAUAGUGAAGUGCCAAAUUCGUGUUUCAGGAUUUUACCUCGUCUCUUAAACGGUGUCCCACUUGGUGCUGGCUUAAUGAGUCGCGACCAAUUACAAACAGUGCGUUGGAAAUUUAUAGAAGGAACCAAACAUAGCCACACCUUCAUAUCCCAACCGUUAUUAAAGGAUGAAGCCCAGGAAACUAAACGAGGAUUACGUGAUAGACUUAUUCAACAAUCCCAGAGGAUAUUCGGUGAUUUGACUGUGAAAGCCAAUAUAGUGUUAUCGGAGUGCAUUAAUUAUGAUGGUGAUAUGAUACUUAAUGACAUUGCUGUCCCUAACGAGGACGGUUUUCAUUUUCGAGACUGAUUCCAAAUGUGAUUGACUUGAAAUUCCCUCCUCCAUUUAUGUGAUAUUGAUAUAUUGAUACUACUAGUGUGCCUCAUGCAAUGAACUUUCAACUAGACACUUGACGGUUCACCAGUCUUUGAAAUAUGUGAGAAAUUUACCUAAUGAACAAUUUUUACCAUACUGCUCUGAAACACCAACAAGCAAUCAUUUUAGUGUUCUCAAUGGUGUUAAAAGCAGUUGCAUCGCUAGUGGGGCUACAGAGGGGCAUCCCUCCCACCCCUAGAAAAUUAGGUAGUACCCAAUAUUGUACCCCCACUUCAUUAUAACAAAUUAAAUACAUGAAUUUUAUAUGUUUUUGCUCCAAAAUAUGUGCCAGAAUGCACCAAAUUAAUUCUAUCUUUAAAAAAUGUUCUUCGGGAGACCCCUCUCGGACGCUCCAUGUGAAGCUUGUUAAGAACCACCAUUAGUCUUGGAAAGCUGGCGCCGCUACUGGUUAAAAGCAUUAUGCCGUGUCUUGUGAUGCAAUAUUGAAAGUGUUCGAAAUAUCUUGCAAAAUGUGUCAAGUUCCAUGAAGUUUGUAGUGAUUUUGUUAUUAUGUGUAUAAUUUAUUUGUUGAAUGCACGAUUGAGUUGUUUAUACGUAUUCCCUAUAAAUAUUCCAAAUAACCUUGUGUGAAUGUACGCAGCAAUAUUAAAUUAUGAUGUUUUGAGCACCAUUUAAAGAGAUUUUCUUAAUUUUUUUUGUGCAUCUGGGACACUGAUAGCAUCAACUUGCACCAUUCCAAUUUUCAAUCAGACGUCUAUUUUUUUCCUGCAAUUCCACUCCAGCUAAGUUUUGAUGACGUCAUAUAUCGCGAAAGGCCUUAUGAUACAAGCAUUAUUAUUUUUCGAAUAGUAACAUCUUAAACGUUCUCGUUUAGUGGAAUUGCAUUAACCACAGACGUCUUGCAGAUUUUUCAAAUGGUGCAAAUGAUAUUGAUAAUACCUGUGUCCCCGAUAGAAUUUUAAAAUUUAGAACACCUCUUUGCUAUCACUUUAACAGUGGAAAUUGUCGAAGGUUAUUAUAUGAAUGAACUAUAUUAUAUUUCUGUUAACAAUAAACAAUGAUCAAUUUUG